AUGGCUACCUCUCUUAGUGUCAAUACAGCGGGAAUUGGUGUUGGCAACCAGAUGGCACUUACUGACCUCCGUGAAGGGAGUACCGGUCCCAUCACUGUUAUGGUCUGUAGAAAGUGGGACGUAACAAAUGUCAACGGACGCUACAUGAGCACGGACUAUGUCGUCAGCGAUGUAAAGGGAGGUAUGAUUCACUGUACCGCGCGGAAUAAUAUUGCACACUACUUCUUUGACAAAAUCAAGGAGGGGGGUGUAUAUUUACUAAAGGGUUUUACGGUCCAACGCACCGAUCAAUACCGUAUUUUAAAAGACAGCCCCUUUGUUAUCUGGUUGAACGGCCCCACGACUGUUAAGAGGGUUGACGAUACGAGUGGUUCAUUUACACGCUACCCGUUCUCACUUACCGCUUUUGAGGACCUCGAACCGACAGAGGGCAAGUAUUUUGUAGAUGUUAUAGGAUAUGCUACUGAGGUUGGCCCCCAAUCUGUGAAGGCAUCAGGUGCUCGCGCGGUUGAGUUUAAUCUAAACAACGAACGCAAUCGCCGAGUUAGAGUGACGUUAUGGGGAAAUUUGGGUGAUGCUCUGAUUAAGAAGAAGGCCGAAAACCCGGCUGUCUAUUGCCUUAUCCUUACUUCCAUGAGUGCAAAAUUUUACCUGGGCGUCCUUGGCUUGGCCAGUUCAUCGUCAACUAUACUCAUUGAUGGCUCCGAUGUACCCGCCCUGCAAACUUUUAAGUCAUCUGUAAGCUGUGUAGCUAUGGGAGAUAGCAGCGACCCAGUCACCGAGGAUGUGGUCUGUGUUGGUACCCUACAAGAACUUGUGGACAGGGCCAUCCUUUUCCGGAAUGUUGUAGAAAUUACGUCUAUCAGAACCAAGAACAGCUGGUAUCUUUUCACGUGCUCCGGAAGCCAGUGUCGUAAGGGACUAACGAGAGAGGAAGGUUACUUCGUUUGCAAGGCGUGUAAAUCAAAGGUUGAUUAUCCGAGAACGAGGUUUCGCAUUCAAGCAGAUGUAACUGAUGGAACAAUGAGUACCGUUGUCACCCUCUUUGAUGAAGUUGCUGAGAAGCUGGUUAAGAGGACUGCAAAAUCCUUAGUUGAGGAACAGUUGACGGAUACUUCUAUUGAUUCUCCCAUACUACCCUCCGCCCUCGAGGCCCUUAUUGGAACAAAGCACACUUUCGAAAUUAAGAGCCACACCUACUACCGUUAUGGAGAAUAUGAGAGCUUCAAUUGCGGCAAGAUUGUUGGGCCUGAUAUGGAUGAAACAGGUGGGAGUGUGAAUGUUGUUCCGUCGGAUUUGGAUGGAAGCCCAUCUGCCACCCUAAAGCGUGACUCGAACCUCCCGCCCCCAACCCCCGGAUCUGGACGGAAACUUAGAAAGCUCUGCAUUCAAGAAUCAGAUGACGAUGCUGAUGAGGUGUCCAUUGACUGUACGGGAGUUAAUGAUAUGGUGGACGAUAGCGGCGAUGCUAAGGAGGGUUCCCUCUGA